AUGACGGCCAAAGGCACCAGGAGCUUGAUCCCUAAGUGCGCUGUGGUCGUCAUUAAGAAGCGAAUCAACAAUAGAUUUUGCUCCUUGAACCAAGGAAAUCUCGUCAACCCAUCCCCAGGAACGGUGAUUGACUCGGUGGUCACCAAACCAGACUUAUACGACUUCUUCCUUGUCAGUCAGUCUGUACGCCAGGGCACGGUCACUCCAACCAGUUACAAUGUGAUUUGGGACAAUUCGGGUCUGGCACCAGACAGCAUGCAAAGCCUGACCUACAAGCUCACCCAUCUGUACUUCAAUUGGCCGGGAACCAUUCGUGUACCGGCCCCCUGCCUCUACGCUCACAAGCUGUCUUUCCUUGUUGGCCAAAGCCUCCACAAAGAGCCCCGGAUUGAGUUGGCUGACCGGCUGUUCUUCCUAUAGGCAGUAAGACCAGGGGUAAUAUGUAAACAAUAGCUUACGUUUGCCAACGUUAGCAGCUUUUGCUCAAGUGGGACGGACUAUUUUCUGCUGAAAUUUGCGAAUGUUAACAACAAAGGCAAAUGGUCUUCCUAUGUCGUAUUAUCAAAAUGAAACUUUUAUGCUGUAACGCUAAAGCUCCAUGUUGGAGAUGUCAUCACUAGCAUAAACAAAGUGACUGGAAAGAUUCAAAAUAAUGUAAAUGGGGCACAAAACAGCAAUUAAUGAUUAUUUACAUCUCUUUCAGUUUGUCAUCAGGUUAAAAAAAAUAUAAAAACUACUUCAUGAUGAGGGUUUUGAGGUCACAAGAAGUAAAGUCAUUCCAUGGGUUGGAUGGUCACCACCUCAGAUUUUAUUUUUAAUAUUCCUCCAUAAGAUCCAAUUGUUGCAAUCUUCCAUCAGAUCCAAUUUUUUUUUGCGAUCCUUAAGAUCGAGUUGUUGUGAUCUUCCAUGAGAUCCAUUUGCUGCGAUCUUCCAUAAGAUCCAAUUGUUGUGAUCUACGGUAUAAAGAUCCAAUUGUAGCAAUCUUCCAAUUGUUGCUAUAAGUUAAAAAGAAAAGUUAAUCAAGAAUAUUUUGUAGACUUAAAUUGUAGAAUUGUGAACUUGCACAAAAUGAAGGCUUGUAGAUGAAAUGUGAAUUUUUUAAAUGUGAUUUAUUUUAAGUCACACAAGUUCAAAAAAACAACACAAUUUUUUGAGGUUUCUGCAAGUCUUUUCCAAAAGUGUAUAGCAGUUACAAUUUAGAAAAUCCAUCAUGUGGUUUGUAAUUUGACUGAAGCACGAUAGCAGUGUUUUAAUUGUUAUGUACAUCUUACAUCCUGCCAAAAUGCCUUUGAACAAAAUAAUGACUGUAAAUCUUCAAAAUGAAGUUUUUUAUACUUACAAUUUUCCCUGUUUAAGAAAGUGUGAAUAAAAAUGUAGGUUCAAUUUUGUUCUAAGAAAUGUUAGCAAUUGCAGAUUGAAGUCUAGCAGUGAUGUAUAGUCAAAGGGGCUUUGAAUGAGACUUUGAACAUGGACACGUCACUUUGCCCAUAUGCAGGCUUACAAUGUUGCCAAAUUUCUGAUUGGUAUUCUUAACCUAGUCUAGUGUUUGCAUGGUGCUUGUGUUCUUGAGCAAGCCACUUUACUGUGACUUUAUACUCUCGAAUACCGUGUACUGAGAAACCUAAAUCUUAACAUAGUGCAACCGUGCAGCACAAGAAAACAGAAUUUUGUUUGAAGUGAGUCCAACACAUAGACCUCAUGCAUCACAGGCAUCUCAGAGGCUGUUCGUUGUUAUUUU